AAAAUCGAGUGUCGAGCAGAAAGAGAGAGAGAGAGAGAGAGAGAGAGAGAUGAGUGCAUCGGCUGGGUACCUUGCAAGAAGGGCAGCGCAGAAGGAGAGAGUGAGGAUACUCUACCGGCGAGCCCUCAGAGACACUCUCAACUGGGCCGUCCAUCGCCAUCUCUUCUACCAAGAUGCAUCAGACCUCCGCGAGAAGUUCGACGCCAACAAAAAUGUGGAAGAUAUUGAGACAAUUGAUAGACUGAUAACUUUUGGUGAGGCAACAUACAAUAAAUGGCGGCACCCUGAUCCUUAUAUUGUUCCAUGGGCUCCUGGUGGCUCCAAGUUUACUCGCAAUCCAACACCACCAACCGGGAUUGAAAUAGUGUACGAUUAUGGAAAGGAAGAUAAUGACUGAAACUGUCAUCCUCGUCUUCCAUGAGAAUAAAUGGGGGUGAAGGAAUGUGACAGCAGUGAGUAAUUGUUUCCUCUUGUUUGUGGCUGUUCUUCUGUUCAAAGAUAAGUCAAGACUGUUAGUUCCGAACAAUGUUGAGAUGCUUGCUCCUUGUGCCGAAUUUGUUACUUCCUGAGAUUAAUAAGCGAACGGACUAAGUGUUUUGCAUCACUUAUAUAAAACACAACAAUAUCUAUAUUACAUGUGCAGCCCUGCAUUCCAAUUUA